AUGAGAUUGAGACGACAAAAGGUUGAUUUUAGAUGUGGAUGUGAUGCCAAAUUCCGGGUGCACAUUGACCCUCCUUCACAGCGAUGGUAUGUUACAUGUUUUCAAGAUGCACAUAACCAUGACCUUUUGCCGAAGCAGCACGGUGGUUUGUUGGCGGCUCAUAGGAAAAUGGGUACUGCCGACAUUAUGUCAAUGAAUAGUUUUAUGAAGUCAGGUAUAAGUGCACCUCAAAUAUUUAAUUCAUUUGCCAGCCAGUGCAGAGGUUAUGAGAAAGUGGGGUUUGGGCAAAAGAAUAUGCAAAAUCAGCUUGCCAAACAAAGGCGGUCACAAUGUCUAGAUGGGCAGAACGCUGUGGAUUAUAUCAGAUGGUUGGGGUUGAACGAUGAACUAAUGUUUGAGAGGCACACAGAGGAUGCUGAGCAUGGAGUUGAAAAUUUGUUUUGGUGUGACGACAUCAGUCGAUACAACUACAAAGUAUUUGGAGAUGUGGUUGCUUUUGAUGCAACUUACAAGAAGAACAAGUAUCGCCGACCUGUUGUGCUAUUUUCUGGUGUGGACCAUCAUAACAGAACGAUUAUAUUCGCUAGUGCAAUUGUUAUUGAAUCUGAACAAACCUAUGUUUGGUUAUUGGAACAAUUUGCUGAAGCUAUGAACCAGAAGUUACCGGGCGCUGUCAUUACUGACGGAGCGCUGCCUAUGCGCAACGCCAUUAGGAGAGUUUUUCCGAAUGCUCACCAUCGACUAUGUGCAUGGCAUUUGCUUAAAAUUGCAAAUAAAAGGGUUGGGAUUCCUGAAUUUUUGAAUAGGUUCAGGACAUGUAUGUUAAGUGACUAUGGCAUCGGUGAAUUCAAGCGACGGUGGGCAACAAUGGUGACAGAUCUCGGAUUGGAGAACAAUACUUGGGUUAGUGAAAUGUACGACAAGAGGGAAAUGUGGGCUGCAACUUACUUUCGUGGGAAGUUUUUUGCUGGUUUUAGGACAACAUCAAGGUGUGAGGGCUUUCACUCCUAA